AUGCGACAUCUCAAGGAUUUCCUGCUAGACAUCAUGUAUCAUCAAGAGGGUACUUGUUUGCCAUUAUGGACCGAUGCUGAUCGUGCACGAGUCACGAUCAAAGAUGAUCGGAUGUAUGACCAUAGGACACUACAACUCAACUACACGACAUACGAUGUGCGACAUGAGCAAGACACAAUCAAUCCAUCCACAGAUCGCCGAGAUGUGAUGAUGCUCGCAAAUGAUGACGACCCACAUGCUCAUCCAUUUUGGUAUGCCCGGGUGCUUGGUAUAUAUCACGUCAAUGCCGUCGACCUCUCACCCGAUUCUCAAGCUGUCUCGCAGCAUGUCGAGUUCCUAUUUGUGCGGUGGUUUGGCAUUGAUUCUGACUGGUCUGGAGGAUGGGCAGCUAGGUGGUUGGAUUGUAUUGGGUUUGUUCCUGUAACUGAUGAUGAUGCCUUUGGUUUCAUCAGUCCUGCUCAUGUUCUGCGUGCAUGUCACCUCAUUCCUGCCUUUGCUGAAGGGCACACAUGUAGUCUAUUGAUGACAUCCCGCAUAGCACGACGGGAAGCAGAGUCUGAUGACUGGGAACAUUUCUACGUCAAUCGGUUUGUGGACCGUGACAUGCUCAUGCGAUAUAUCGGUGAAGCUAUCGGUCAUGCACCCAUUCAUAAAUCUGCACCCACUGAUUUUCCGAUGGGUACCCCACCACCUGUGGACAGUGAUGUAGCAGACCUCAGGAGUGAUGCUGCAAUAUCCGGAGUUGCUGAAGAGCAUGCAGAGGACCAUGAUGAUGAGAUGGAACUGGAAGAUGAUGACGAGGGUGCCGAUGCCGAUAUGGAUGUUGAUGUGGAGGAUGAUUACGGUAACUUGUAG